AAGGUCAUAGGAGGAGAUUAGAAUAGCAUUGAACAUUGUUCUGGUUUUCUUGGCGACAUUCCGAUGGAACAAAACAAGAAAAUGGUUGUUUCUCCGAAAUCUAUAUUUUUAUGUUUGUUUUUGAGCUUGAGCAGUGUUGCUCAACAAGCUGAGGCAAGGGCAUUUUUCGUGUUUGGUGAUUCGCUUGUGGAUAAUGGGAAUAACAACUACCUAGCCACCACUGCACGUGCCGAUUCAUAUCCUUAUGGCAUUGACUCUGCAUCUCACAGAGCCUCUGGUCGUUUCUCCAAUGGCCUCAACAUGCCUGACCUUAUCAGUGAGAAAAUUGGGUCAGAACCCACAUUACCGUAUUUGAGUCCACAGCUCAAUGGUGAAAAGCUGCUUGUUGGUGCAAACUUUGCUUCUGCCGGAGUAGGAAUUCUCAAUGACACAGGAUUUCAGUUUAUAAACAUUAUCCGAAUCACAGAACAAUUGGCGUAUUUCAGACAGUAUCAGCAGAGGGUGGCUGCGCUAAUUGGAGAAGAACAAACACGAGAUUUAGUGAACAAAGCAUUGGUUCUCAUAACCUUAGGUGGCAAUGAUUUUGUCAACAACUAUUUUUUGGUUCCUUUCUCUGCCAGAUCUCGCCAAUAUGCUCUUCCAGACUACGUUGUCUUUAUCAUCUCAGAGUAUCGUAAAAUUCUUGUGCACCUGUACGAGUUGGGAGCACGACGGGUUCUGGUGACGGGAACGGGACCAUUGGGUUGCGUGCCGGCAGAGUUGGCGAUGCAUAGCCGUAACGGAGAAUGUGCGACGGAGCUGCAACGGGCCGUUAACUUGUUCAAUCCUCAACUUGUUCAACUGUUGCAAGCCCUCAACACUGAAAUUGGUUCCGACGUCUUCAUUUCCGCAAACGCUUUCGCUAUGCACUUGGAUUUCGUCACUGAUCCACAAGCAUACGGGUUUGUGACGUCAAAAGUUGCGUGCUGUGGUCAAGGAGCAUACAAUGGAAUCGGACUAUGCACUCCUGCUUCUAACUUGUGCCCCAACAGGAAACUCUAUGCCUUUUGGGACCCUUUCCAUCCGUCAGAGACAGCAAAUAGAUUGAUUGUUGAUAAAUUCAUGACAGGGUCCACUGAAUAUAUGCACCCAAUGAACCUUAGCACAAUUAUUGCUUUAGAUUCUACCACCUAAUGUCUGCCAUUACUAUUCUUCCAUCCUCAUCUUUUCUUAUCUGCACACCCGGAUUCUACAACGUAUUAUUGUAUUUUAAAUUUCUUCAAUGUUUAAAACUAUGUCAUUGAUUAAUUCAGUAACAUUUUUUAUUA